UCGGAAGUGACGCAAGUACUUCUCCUCUUGAACCAUGCUUGAAUGGAGGUGACCUUACUUAUUACCAAAUUGUAAAGUAAAGAAAGUUGGGGACCCCGCAGGCAGGUGAGGCCGGUCCGGGUUUGAUAAUAAACUUGUGGUGAAUAUCUAAGCGGACCUUGAAGGUGUCUCCAGAGUGAGCAGAAAUGGCAGAGGCUCAUCAGGCUCGCGUGCAGAAUGUGAUCGAAGACAUGGUCCAAAGCCUGGAGAAGGACCACAUCCGUAAAAUGCAGGGGCGCAUGUUCAGGUGCAGCGCAGAGUGCUGCGAUCGCUCCACAGACAGCAUGGCUCAGGUGCAUCAGUGCAUUGAGACGUGUCACACACCCCUGGCCAAAGCUCAGGGCCUGGUCACUUCAGAGCUGGAGAAGUUUCAGGACCGUCUAACUAGAUGUACGAUGUCCUGCAACGAUAAGGCAAAGGAUCUCUUUGACUCCGGUGCCAAGGAGCCAGCUGUUCGAUCACUGAUGGACCGCUGCGUGGGCAGUUGUGUGGAUGACCACGUUAACCUGAUCCCCAGCAUGACCCGGCGACUAAAAGAGAACUUGGACUCUAUACGGCAGUGAGGGGCGGGAUAAAUGACUGCAGUCCAUCCUGGGGAAAGCUCGGGGGCAUGGAGUUUAUUCAUCUAAGGAGUGAAGGGCUGAAGGUGCAGAGGGAGAGUUCAAAGACUGUGGUUAUUAAUGGUGAUGUGUAGAG